AUGAAUAAAAGAAAGGGUUUUGGGAAAUGGGUUGAAUUGAGAAAUUUUCGACAAACAUUCGUAUCUAUCUAUCUAUCUAUCUAUCUAUGUAAAGCUGUUUCUCUCUAUCUAUCUAUCUAUCUAAAGAUCUGUUUCUAUCUAUCUAUCUAUCUAUGUAAAGCUGUUUCUAUCUAUCUAUCUAUCUAUCUGUGUAUAGUUUCUAUCUAUCUAUCUAUCUAUCUAUCAAUCAAUCUGUCUAAAGCACUGUUUCUAUCUAUCUAUCUAUCUAUCUAUCUCUCUUUCUGUUUCUAUUAUCUAUCUAUCUAUCUAUGUAAAUCUGUUUCUAUCUAUCUAUCUAUCUCUCUAUGUAAAGCUGUUUCUAUCUUUCUAUCUAUCUAUGUAAAGCUGUUUCUAUCUAUCGUUCUAUCUAUUUAUGUAUUUAAAGCUGUUUCUAUCUAUCUAUCUAUGUAUGUAAAGCUGUCUCUAUCUAUCUAUCUAUUUAUCUUUCUCUCUAUGUAUGUAAAGCAGUUUCUAUCUAUCUAUCUAUUUAUGUAUGUAAAGCUGUUUCUAUCUAUCUUUCUAUCUAUUUAUCUAUCUAUCUAUGUAUGUAAAGCUGUUUCUAUCUAUCUAUCUAAGAAAAUGAACGACCGAUUACUUUCUUGGUGCUGUUACUCUUCUGUACGGAUGGGGCGGGUUCGAUUGACGGAACCGGGUCCACCGACCGGUUGA